CCAAUAGGGCCCAAAUACAGUAGCCCAUAGCCCGGGAAAGUUUCAAUUGGUAGUACUGGUCUCAAACGCCGUCGUUCCUCCCACGAACAACUAUCCAAACAUCUGACCGUUGGUUCCCGCUCCCGCCAUGGAUGUUCUCAUCCACUCCGCGGCCUCUCGAUUCUCAUUGCGUCUACACCGCCGCGCAUCUCUCCGCCAAUGUGCCCUCUCCGUGAGGUCGCAGUUGAGCCUUCCUUUCGCGGAGCAGAAAGCAAAGUACUAUAGGCAUCUCCAAGCGGCUGUUGAUGUGGUUGAGCGCGCCUGCCAUCUCUGCGUUGACGUGCAAAAGUCAUUGUUUUCGAGUGAUGGAAAUAUCAUUGAGAAAAUCGACCAGACACCGGUCACUGUUGCGGAUUUUGGAGUUCAAGCUCUUGUUAGCCUCGAGAUGAGCAAACUAUUUCCUUCAAUCCCACUGGUAGCUGAGGAGGACUCAGGGUUCGUGCGUGAAAAUAAUCUAGCCGGUGCUGUUUUUGCCGAGGUUACAGAAAAGUCAUCCAUCAGUGAUAAAGAAUUGAGUGAAGAUGAUGUUUUAAAGGCAAUUGAUAGAGGGGGAAAAGAUGCUUAUGUGUUUGGACCUGAGCCAACUACUUAUUGGAUAUUGGAUCCUAUUGAUGGGACGCGAGGAUUUGUUAAAGGUAGUGAGGCUCUCUAUGUGGUAGGUUUGGCUUUAGUAGUUGAAGGGAAGAUUGUUUUAGGUGUUAUGGGAUGCCCAAACUGGCAGGAAAGGGAUUCUGAUAUAUCGAACACUGAUGGAGCUGAGGAAAAUGUUUCCAGAUCAGGGAUUAUUAUGAUAUCUCAUGUUGGUUGUGGAACAUGGAGUACAAGACUAUGGGAUUGGCCGAAUAGCAAUAUCAAAAUGGCUUGUAAGUGGAUCAGGUGUGUAGUUGAUGGGUUUCACCAGGUCCAUGAAGCACGAUUUUGUAUUCCAGAGAGUCAAACAUGGGAGUCUUUACCUUUGUCUGCUCAGUUUAGUGCAACAACUUUUGCUAACAAUGUUGGCGAGAAACAGAUUCUUCUUCUUCCUGCAUGCUGUGGAAGUCUCUGUAAGUAUCUGAUGGUGGCAUCUGGAAGGGCAUCGACUUUCAUAAUGCGUGCAAGGACCAAGAGAAUUAUAAAGGUCUGGGAUCAUGCUGUGGGAGUCAUAUGCAUUCAUGAAGCGGGGGGAAAGGUAACUGACUGGAAGGGAAAUGCACUUGACUUUGCUGCUGAUGAAAAAGAACGAAGAGUUUUAUUCCCUUGCGGUGGUAUUUUGGUGACAAAUGACGGUUUACAUAAACGGAUACUGGAGAUUAUAUCAGCCAGCUGAUGAUUACUUGAUUUUAAUUGCUAAUCCACCAUGAUUACAUGUAUACGCAUUCAUCUGCAUCCAACCUUGUCCUUAUCUGAUCUGCAGAUUGAAAAUUGUGUAAUAUUGUAAGAAUUGAAUCGGUUCCUAUCAAUCAGAUAUUAUGGAAUUAUCAAUAGUUGUUGUUUUUUUGUAA